UCAAUUCCGUUGGGAUUGCUUUUUCACUUUUUGCAUUUUGCUUUUUCUUUUCCUCCAAGGCAAUAUGCCACAACACCACUACCAAAAUGUUAGCAGACCAAGAGCUUAUAAAUAGCAAACAAUGUAUUCAAAUGAAAGCAAGCAAUAUAAUCAAAAGUUCCUUUCCUUAAUCUUCCCUUUUCUAGAGACACCUAGGUCUCGAAAGUUAGGAUCCUUAUGAGCAGAAUUUCUGCUCAUAAUAAUUUGGUGCUUUCAUUGAACCCUCCAACCAUGGUUGAAGCACCUCCGCCCAAAACCAGAAUGGAACGCAUCGAAGCAACCAUAGCCAAGCUAGCCUCCAACCAACUCCAUGUCACCAACACACUAGAUGAACUCAUUCACCGCAUUACGAUGUUAGAAGCCCGUCAACACCAGUCACCCAUACCUCCAUCUUCUUCCUCUGCGAAGACAGUCCUAAAACACACUCCAAUAACGCCUCUAUCGCUGACCCCGCCACUGCCUCCGCCGCUCAAGCCGCCUCAGUCACCCCCACUCACCGCACCCACGCCCUUGCCAACUCCGCCACCACAACCCGCACUCAUGCUGAAACACACCACACCCUUACCAACUCCGUUUCCCAUGCCUGUUCCUCACCUUGCCGCCGACAACAAGCACCAACUCGCCCACAUGUCAUCCUCCAUCUUCACCCAGCUCAGCCACCUCCGUGCCGUGACUUCCCUCCACAACCUCUUUGGUUUCAUGGUUCAUUAUGGUCGUGAAGCGGCUCCGCAUGACAAGAUUUUGGAACAUAAAGUCAUGGCACUAUUUGAGACGGGAAUUGUGCCCUAUGGGUCGGCCAUGGUUGCACGCAAGUGUCAACCAGCUACUUUUACCUUAAGGAAGGCGGCUGACCCAAAGGAACCUUGCCGGUACAGACCUUGGGAUCCUGGACGACCUCGACGGACUCGUAACACCUUGAGGACAAGGUGUUUUCGGAUGGGCGUAGGAAUGUUAUGAAUCAACCCAAGGUGGAGUAAUUCAGCACAGAGCAAUCCAACACUGAAGAAGAAAUAGCAACAGACAAGGUGGAGACAACCUGUUAUGAUUAGGAACAAGGAACAACAACAAAAUGCAGUAGGUAGUGGAGUGAGCAAGGGCUGUCCUUCUGUGGCUGUGCAGUACAAUUCUGUUGGGAUUGCUUUUUCACUUUUUGCAUUUUGCUUUUGCUUUUCUUCCAAGGCAAUAUGCCACAGCACCACUACCAAAGUGUUAGCAGACCAAGAGCUUAUAAAUAGCAAACAAUGUAUUCAAAUGAAAGCAAGCAAUAUAAUCAAAAGUUUAUUUCCUUAA